GAGGCGGGGUUUGUGUGAAUACGGGUGAGCAGAAACACCGGGGGGGAAAAAAACUGUCAUGUUUUGACAAGGAAACAAGUGAAAGAGAAAAGUCCGACAUCUUGCAGUGUGAAUAUUAACAAACGCAAUUCGUCCAUCUUCACUUAAACUGAAAAUAAGCGCUAAGACUGAUCCCGCCUUCUCGUCCUGUUCCUGUCUGAGCGUCUGGACUCGGAUCCACAGCGUCAGCGCGGCGUCAUGGCGGGUCGACCCAACGGGCCGGCCGCGGGGAACAAGAUUUGCCAGUUUAAGCUGGUUCUGCUGGGCGAGUCGGCCGUGGGGAAGUCCAGUCUGGUCCUGCGCUUCGUCAAGGGCCAGUUCCACGAGUACCAGGAGAGCACCAUCGGAGCGGCGUUCCUCACACAGACCGUGUGCCUGGACGACACGACAGUCAAGUUUGAGAUUUGGGACACAGCCGGACAGGAGCGCUACCACAGCCUGGCCCCCAUGUACUACAGAGGAGCUCAGGCGGCCAUCAUCGUCUACGACAUCACUAACACUGAAACGUUUGUGCGAGCGAAGAAUUGGGUAAACGAGCUGCAGAAACAGGCGAGUCCCAACAUUGUCAUCGCCCUGUCUGGGAACAAAGCUGACCUCGCUAACAAGAGAGCUGUCGAUUUCCAGGAAGCGCAGGCGUACGCUGAUGAUAACGGCCUGCUGUUCAUGGAGACUUCGGCCAAAACCGCCAUGAACGUCAACGAGAUAUUUAUGGCUAUUGCGAAGAAGCUGCCGAAGAACGAGCCUCAGGCUGGAGGAGGCGGGGCAAGUGGGCGGGGCCGAACCGGCGUGGACCUCCAAGACUCCGCCCACCAGAGCUCCACGGGCAAAUGCUGCAACUGAUUCACUGAUUCACUGAUUCUGGUAGCAAAGGGUCCAAACAGAGACGUGGAGAUGAGCUGAAGAUGAGCACCUGGCCUUUAUGAUGAUGAUGAUGAUGAUGAUGAUUCCUUCAGAGAUUAUGUUUUUGAUUAUUUUUUUUUUCCUAAAGAAAUCAUAUAAGCUAGCACUUCCUCUCUGUCUCUCUUUCACUUCCUGUCUGGUUUAUCCAUAUUUUAUGAAAAUACUAACAUGAUUCGUGUCUCGAGGCUCGUUUUUAAAACACGAUAAAACCGCUGUGAGGUUGUUUUGGUGGCGGGUGGUGCGUGUACCACUUUCCCCUCCUCCUCCUCCUCCUAAUGUUAUUUAGUUUUUGUCCUUUGUUUGUUGCAUAACGAUCUUAAUGAUGAGCUCACGGCGGGAAUCUUACACCCAAAUCAUUUUGUACACGAGUGAGUAUAGUUUUUACUGCAACGGUGGACAUCAUGGCAUUAUUAUCGGGGUUCUGUGUGUGUGUGUGUGUGUGUGUGUGUGUGUGUGUGUGUGUGUGUGUGGAUGAGCAUUACCUCUGACACCUGAAGAAACAUUUUUAACGUUGUGGUUUUUCAAUCUGUAAAGCGGGAAAUAAAAAAGGAGGGAAA